GAUUCCUUCAUCAGUAAGGAAUACUCAACUUUUUCUUGUCUUGAAAAUCUCCAAAGGGGUCCAUGAUCAUCUCAUUUCCUUCGCUCUCAUGAAACCAAAAUCAAGCACGUCCUUUUCCAACCUCUGUUUAUAAAUGUUGUAAGUUUAUCUUCUGGGUAGAGUGCGAGUGUGUGUAAUACGGGCGAUGAUGAUGGUGGGUGAGGCUUCUUCUUCUUCCUCAGGGAAGAGAAAGGUAAAAGUUCAUGACUCAGGUUUCACUCAGUUAGUCCUCUCCUGGUCUGUUGCCGACAUUUUAAACGAGGAUCUUUACAAAUACCAGGUGAUGGAUAUACCAGAGUCAUUUCAUUCAAUAGAUCAGUAUUUUGGAUCAUUUAUCUUCCCCUUACUGGAGGAUAUACGAUCUAAGCUAUAUUCUUGCAUGGAUGAGAUCUACAAGGCCCCAUUUGCGGAAGUGACAUCCUUAAAGGUUUCUGGGCCAGAAGAGAACUUCACAUAUAAUGUAAAAGUUAGUGAGUGGAGGAAAAAUGGUCAUGGGAAAGAGCUUCACAAAACAAUGCCAGGUGAUCUGGUUUUCUUUUCAAAUUGUAAGCCUGAGUAUGUAUCUGAUUUACAUAGGGAUGGGAGAACAUGUACUCUUGCAUCAGUCAUCAGUGUCACUGAUGACGGUGAUUUUAUUGGGAACGAUUCGUCAAAUCAAUUCAUUGUCAUUGCAUCUAAUGAGAUAGAUGUCAAAGAGGCGCAUCAUUCACUGUAUCUGGUGUUCUUGACGAAUUUAUUGACUGAGAAAAGGAUUUGGAACUCACUUCACAAAUCCUGCAAUGCUAAGAUUGUCAAGGAAGCUAUACGAACUAGUAGUGCUUUGAAUCAAAAAAUGGUGUUCAGCUACAUUCAAUUGCUGUUUAGUAUAAUAUGUUUUUAUGUUUUUGAUUUUGUUAUUGUUAUUAAGCAGGAUGUUGAAGAUUGCAAAUUUUGCGCGCCUAUGAUGAAUAGCCAGUUGGCUGCAGUAUGUGAUGAUAUUCAUUCAUCUGGGCUGAACCAAUCCCAAAGUGAUGCCAUUGUCUCCUCAAUUCUCCGAACCGACUGUUCGCACAAACCAUCUAUAGAACUUAUAUGGGGCCCUCCUGGGACUGGGAAGACUAAGACUAUUAGUGUGUUUCUUUUUCACCUUUUGCAUAUGAAAUGCAGGACACUUGUAUGCACCCCAACAAAUAUAGCAAUAAAAGAAAUUGCUUCUAGGACACUAAGUUUACUGAAGGAUUCGUGCGAGGAAACCUUCUUGCUUCCUCUCGGGGGAUUGCUCUUGUUCGGGAAUAAUGAUAGGCUGAAAGUGGAUGGUAGUCUGGAAGAUAUCUAUCUAGACUUUCGUGUUAAACGGCUUACUGAGUGCUUGGGUCCAAUGACUGGGUGGAGGCAUUGCUUGAACUCUACGAGUGAUUUUCUCACAGAUUGUGUUCCUCAGUACGAAGUUUACGUUGACAAUGAGUUAAAACAAGCAAAAGAAGAAAGCAACAGAGAAAGGACAUUAUCAUUCCUUGAGUUUGUUAGGAAAAGAUUUACGAAUACUGCUUCGAGUUUGAAAAGAUGCAUACUCACAUUGUUUGCUCAUUUACCUCAGAACUUUAUUAACGAGCAUAAUAAACAUGACACAAGAAGACUUCUGCAUCUCAUUGAUCAAUUAGAAGGACAUUUAUUUGAUGAUAAUGUUUCACCAGAAGAAUUAAAGAAGAUUUUUUUACUGUUCAAAGAAAUAUCUUACGACUCUGAUGAAGCAAUAUCCCUGUCACAAACAAUGAGGAAGACUGCAUCUGCUCUAAAAGACAUUCAUGGUUUUCUUCAUAAACUUGAGCUUCCAAAUGCCAUGAUUGAGGAUUCAGUGAAGAAAUUCUGCCUUAAAUGGGCUUACUUAAUUUUCUCUACUGCUUCGACCUCAUAUAAGUUGCAUUCCCUGUCAUUGGAACCUUUCAAAGUGUUAGUUAUUGAUGAGGCAUCACAACUGAAAGAGUGUGAGUCAACUAUACCACUUCAAUUUCCUGGACUCAUGCAUGCAAUACUUGUUGGUGAUGAGCGUCAAUUACCAGCUAUGGUUACCAGCAAAGUAAGUUUUGUCACAUGA